GUCACAUUGUUCCCCCUACUUAAGUCACACGACGAGUGGGAGUGCGUUGAAGAACACAGAGGGGAUAUACAACCCCUUUUCAGCUUUGUUUCAUGAUGGAGAAGACUGCAUAGCCACAGGUAUUUGUGCUGCCGAAAACGACUCUCUCGAAAACUGCAUAAUAUUUUAAGUUUCAAAUUUAUCAAAAAUUUAAGCAGCCUUAAUGACACAAAGCAUCCAAGAAAAUAUGCUACAUAAACUCUCGGAUAUUUUAUUUCUGAGUCUUCUGAUUUUAAACUGUUGAAAUUGUUAUGUCAUCUGAGCGAAUAAAACCUACUGGCCCUAUAUCAAAAGUAACAUUUUUUCCUGUAUCAGAUGGGAAAACUGACGCAUUAAUAGUUACUAUUAAAAACUUAAAUUCCGAGACAACAGAUGAUGAUCCAAAAGUGAUGGAUUCUGCGAAACCAAACACACCAACUAUGAAGAUCACUCCAGCUGCGUCCAAUAAGUCUGUGAUGGAUUCUUCAAAAUCAAACUCACAGGUCGUGAAGAUCAGUCCAUUUGCGUCUAGUAAAUCUACCAUGACCGAUUCACAGAAUGUUGUUUCAUUAACAUCCCAAACAUCAUCUGAAGAGUCACUACUUAGUAGUUCAACUAAUGAACAUACGACAGAAAAUAUUCCGUGCUUAAAGCAUGCUGCUCAAAAUAUAUCUCGAAAAGCAUCUGACAUUCCAUCUGAAAAAAUAUCUUUGUGUAAUAAAUGUUCAAAAUCUAUGCUAUCGUAUAUAUUUGUAGUUCAGGACUUCUUAGAUAGUCUAGCUAAAGAAAUUUGCGAUGAUAUUGAUUCUGCACAGUGUUUACAGUGUUUAAGAGAAAAAGCCAGAGCUGAUAUAAGUUCCCGAGAAGAUACCUCGAGAGCUGCUGUGUAUGAAACAAAUGUCAAUACUCCAAGAAGAGUUUCUAGAAAAUCGUCUGACUUAAGAAAGCCCGAAUCAAAAUGGAGCUAUGAAUCCCGAUACAGUAAAAAGCUUCCAGGAGAGAAAGAAAGGAGUCGUGAAGUAAAAGAGUGUGAUGAAGGCUUUACUUCUUCUCGAGAAUCUAUGCAGCGCAAAGAAAAUGUAUACCAUCAACAAUCAAAGGAAGAAAUGUCAGCUGUCUCAGGACCCGAUAGCCGCCUAAUACAAGAUGAUAGAUCUCAGCAAAUAAUUUCAGACAAUCAAGGUAAACCUGAGCAAGCAGUUUUAGAAAAUCAAAACGAUAAGCCUCACCAAACACGUGUGGAACAUUUUAGAGCAUCUGAAAUCCAGAAAACUUCUCCGUCUUUCUCUCCUGAUCAGUCCUCUGUUUCAUAUGAACAAUAUAGCUCUGAUCAGCAGCAUUUCCCAUCAGUUCCUGAACGCAUUUCUUCCACAUCCCCUGAUCAAAUAAGUAUCUCAUCACUUGAGCAGCUUGACAAACUAUCAUCUUCAACUCAUAGCGCUAUUAUAUCACAAGAAGCUGAUUCUACACUGCCUUUGCAAAUAGAAGAGCCACAGUUUGAAAGCAGUAAGUCAGGUGAUAUGCAAGAACAGGUGCAUGAAACUGCUGUCAUUGAUAGUAAUUAUUCAAACAUUAGAGCUCCAGCAUCGCCGCUUAGUGAAGGCGUUGAUGGCAUCAUGUCCACUCUUUCGAAUGCAGAACGUGAAAUAUACGAUACAGCUCGAAACGGUGCUGGAUGGGAAAGUCUGAGCGAGCCACUCUUAAGACUUAGUUCUCCAACUAGCAGCCAAAUUGCUUCAGAAGCUUUUGUAACGAUGUGCCGUAACAACGCAGAAGCUUUAGGUUGUCUUGUAGUUGGAACAUCUCUUCUUUUAAGUCGAACAUCCAGGACUUUAUGUGUUCUUGUUUCUGAUGGAGUGAGCAACGCGUUUAAAGGGCCAUUAUCAUCCGUUUUCCAUAUUGUUCAAUAUGUGAGAGCACUGGAUUCCCUUGGUACCACAAAGCUUGCACUCCUUGAACAACCAGAGCUAGGGAUUUCAUUUGAUAAAUUAAAUGUGUGGCGUUUAGUGCAGUUUAGUAAAUGCGUCUUCUUGAAUCCUGAUACUUUGGUCAUCCAAAAUUGCGAUGAAUUGUUUUGCCACGACGAGUUAUCUGCUGUACCCGACAUUGGCUGGCCAGAUUGCUUCAACAGUGGAGUUUUUGUGUUCGUGCCCUCUGUCCAUACGUUUUGGAAUCUGCUGGAAUUCGCAGAAAAUCAAGGAAGCUAUGAUGUUUUGAUUAGUACUUACGUAUUCAGUUUUAAAUCUGUUCAUAUACAUGGGAGCCCAGAAGUGCAGUUACGUUAUGUGCCUUAUUUAAAAG